AUCAAGACCAAGCCAUGACUGCUCAGACCCAAGAAGAGCUUCUCGCUGCUCAUCUCGAAGAGCAAAAGAUCGAUCAUGAUCAGCCUACAAUUGAAGAUGACGAGGAUGAUGAUGAUGAGGAUGACGAUGAAGACAAGGAUGAUGAUGAGGAAGCCGAGGGACACCAAGAUGGGGAUGCAAGUGGUAGGUCAAAGCAGAGCAGAAGUGAAAAGAAAAGUCGCAAAGCAAUGCUAAAGCUUGGAAUGAAGCCUAUCCCGGGUGUUAGUCGUGUGACUGUCAAAAAGAGCAAGAAUAUCUUGUUUGUUAUCUCAAAACCAGACGUGUUCAAGAGUCCAACUUCAGAUACAUAUGUCAUCUUUGGGGAGGCUAAGAUUGAGGACUUGAGCUCACAACUGCAGACUCAGGCAGCUGAGCAGUUUAAGGCUCCUGAUCUAAGCCAUGUGAUUUCCAAACCCGAGGCAUCAGGCAUUGCCCAGGAUGAUGAAGAUGUAGAUGAGACUGGAGUGGAACCCAAGGAUAUUGAAUUGGUGAUGACACAAGCUGGAGUAACUAGGUCGAAGGCUGUGAAAGCCCUCAAGGCUGCAGAUGGAGAUAUUGUUUCUGCUAUUAUGGAGCUUACCAACUGAGAAGCAUACUUCAGAAGAAGUUCCUCAUUUGACCUAAAAAAAAAGAAAAAAAAAAAAAGAAAAAUCAGUUUUUUCUUUUUCUCUUUUAUUUUUAUUUUUAUCAUGGUUUUCCUAUAUCAUGUGUGCCUUAACAAUGGGAUGUUUUCAACUUUAGUUUGUUUUUUCCUUUUAUCCCAUGUUGUAUUAGUAGAAAACUGAGAUAUUGCAUAAGUCAGAGCCUUUUUUGCA